AGUAUAGCCGCAACGGACGCGCCGCGACCCACCCGCCAUAUCGAUCGCGUAUAGCCACCAAUCUCAGUGUAAAUCGCGAUAAUAUUGUUUUCGUCACUGGCAAUACGCAUGGUUUACACUUGAAAAUGAAAAGCGGCUAGUGAAAGUUGGUAAACAGUUUUUUGGAACGCUUCUCAAAGUUAAUGCCCGGUUUUACAUUCCGUAUUAGAACGCCGAAAUGAAGGAUAAAAAGCUCGGCGAUGGCGCUCACGAGGCGAUGCUCGGCGCCGGCAAGAAGCCAAAAAUCACAAAGACCAAAGAAACCCAGGAGGCGGAGAAAUCUGAAGAGUACGAGGCUCUGCAGAGCUUCCUGCGCAGCAUCAGCUCGACCGCCACCCUCCCGCCAUAUGUCAAGGGGGAAACGUUCUCCUCGUAUCGAGGAGUCUUUAACCAGUGCCUCGUGACGUGCGCCGUUUUAAUUCUGGCCGCGGGGGCGGGACACCCCAUCGGGUUCUCCGCCGUCGCGCUCCCGCAGCUCAGAAACGAGACUUCCAACAUGAGGAUAGACGAAGAUAUGGGAUCGUGGAUCGCCAGUAUUCACUCCGCCGCCACGCCCCUUGGUUCAAUGGUCUCCGGUCCCAUAAUGGAGUUCAUCGGUCGGAAGCGCACGCUACAAAGCUGCACGCUACCCCUCAUCAUAGGGUGGAUCAUCAUAGGCACGUCUAUACACAACGGCAUGCUGCUGUUUGGCAGAGUGCUCUGUGGCUUCGCUGUUGGAGUCAUGGCAGCGCCGUCACAGGUUUACUUGGGCGAAAUAGCCGAACCGCGGCUGCGAGGCCUGCUGAUCGGAGCGCCAUUCGUGGCGUACUCCUUGGGCGUUCUCUACGUUUACGCCCUGGGCGGCGUACUAACAUGGCGGUCCGUCGCUCUGCUGUCAAUAGUGCUCCCUGGGUUAGCAGUUGUGGCGCUCUGCUUUUCACCCGAGAGCCCUACGUGGCUGGCCAGGCAGGGCCGGUUCCACGAUGCCAUGGCUGCGAUGGCUCGCCUGCGCGGUGAUCCUGAUAUUGCUCAGCGCGAGCUCCACGAGCUGAUAUCGGCUCGGGAGAAGGAAAAGGCGAGGGGAGAGCACAGCAUAAGAUUCUUCGCGACUGUGACCCGCGCCCCGGUGCUGAAACCGCUACUGCUGAUCAACUUAUUCAACAUGCUGCAGAUUCUGUCCGGCAGCUAUGUGGUCAUAUUCUACGCGGUGGAUAUGGUCAGGGACUCGGGCGGUGCGCUCGAUCCUCAAGUGACCGCCAACGCGAGCGCGCUGGUCCGCCUCUGCGUCACCGUCGUCGCGUGCGCGCUGCUCAUGCGCCUGACCCGGCGCGUGCUCGUCAUGAUCUCGGGCGUCGGCACCGCCGUCUGCACACUCUCCCUCGCCUACGUCCUGUCACAGGGAUCAGCAGGCUACGCCGCACCCAUCCUCAUACUAUCCUACGUCGGCUUCAACACCUUAGGCUUCUUCCUCCUCCCUGGCCUAAUGAUAGGCGAACUCCUCCCUACCAAAGUACGCGGCCUAUGCGGCGGCUACAUAUUCUGUCUCUUCAACGCGGUCCUAUUCGGAUUCACUAAACUUUACCCGGUCAUGAAAGACAAGAUUGGCAUGACGGGUGUCUUCGGACUUUUCGGCGCAUCGUCAUCUCUCGCUACUGUAGCCCUAUUCCUUUUACUACCAGAGACGAAGGGCAAAUCUCUGUUGCAAAUUGAACAGUAUUAUCAGAAACCAAACUUAUUGUGGGUGACGAGGAAAAAAGCCACGAAUAACCAAGAGGUUUGAAUUGCAGUAGAAUAAUUUGUAGUGUGAAAUGUACUUAAGUGAAACUUUGGACCACUGACGAUGAAAAUAUGUAUUUUUAUUUUUACAAGCAUUUUAACUAGGUAUGCUGGAGCACUAAUAUUUUUAAUUGAUACACAAAUUACACAGUCAAAGGCACCUAAUAUUUAUUUUGAUACAUUUUAGUAAGGAACUGAAUAUACAUUUAAUGAAGUCCUCAACUUUACUAGAAGCUGAUCUCUGAAUUUCAAAAUACCAUCAAUUCAUCAUACAAUGUCUAACCACAUAGUAUGUUUAUACAAUAUAUAGGUACUUAACUACUACCUGAUAUAGGUAGGUAUAUGUAUAAUAUCGCGCAUUUUUAACUUGUAUAGGUAUUUUAUGAAACAGAAAUAUUUUGAUAACCAUAUUAUCACACACUUGUUAGUUUUAUAUUAUAUACAAAGUAAGGCAGCCACUUUGUAUCUUAUAUAAUACGACUCUCGGGACGGAGAGAUACAAUGCCUUUACAUUAUAAUACGUAGGUAAUUUAAUUUUAAACUCGAAUAAUAAAUUAUGUGCUGUUUUGUGAUAUAAUGUAGUUAAUUUUAUAGUACGUCUCAGAUUUCAAGCUUAUUUAUUAGGUACUUAUUGGACUAUUUUGACAUUUAUUCCAUUAUAAACAAUGGUAACAUUUUAAGUAAACCUAAUUUUCAUCUUGUAAUUUGCUAUCUUAAAUUGCAUCGGAACCGCAACAAUAUAUUUUCAAUACCUAGCUGUAUAAUGUUAAUAACUAUUAAAUCCUAUAUCAAGGAAGUACGCUUAUACGAUGUACUUAAGUACAGUCAGCCGACAUGAAUUUCUAUCCCGACAUAGCUACACACAAACAUCUAUCGGGGAAUAGGAAAUCUGUGCGGUUGAUUGUACGUACAGUCAGCAGCAGAAGUUGCUAAGUGGGCCAGGUCUUCAAAAUGAUCUUGACGCGACUCUGUUGUAGAGAAUAAGAGCGUGUCUAGGUAAUUUUGGACACCUCGCCCGCUUAGCAACUUCUGCUGCUGACUACCAGCAUCGGUGGACGUUUAGCGUUAGUUUUUUUUGUAUUUUUAAGCGUGACGCCGAAGGCCGUGUGCAGUGCUGCACUACGUUUCCUCAUUGCGAGAUUUUUUAUCUGUGAUUUAAACUGAAUUGUUGUUUGUUAAACAAUUUAAUGAUAUAGGCUGCUAUAUUGUCGCUUAACUGUUUAAUGUUGUAUGUAUAUUUAUAUAUUCUAUACUUGUUGAUUGUAAAUGCAUUUGAACUUUUUUUACUCUACGUCAAAUAAAAAAUAAAUAAUACUUACAAGGAACAUUAGUUAUAUUUUCGAUAAAUCUCUGCGCUCAUCGACGUUCUCGGGCGCGGUAAUAAUGUAUUAUCCGUCCUUGUGGUGCAAAACCAAAAAGUUAAAAAAGUCAACUCUAUGGCCCAGUUAUUAUGAUCGACUAAAAUAUUCUAAAUCAGCGACUACCAUGAUCCGACUAACAUGUUUAUGUCGGUAAAAUCAUUGUUAUACAUAUAUGUAUAUGUCAAAAACUCACAAAUAUUUACACCGAAAUAAGUAUAACGGUUGAGUAUUAGUAUAGAGUAUUGAUGUACGUUUGGCAAAAAUCUUAUAAGCAACAUGUUCAGUGCAAGGGCGAAUUGUGAUAUAAAUAAACACUUUAUAAAAAUA